AAUGGAGAGAUACUGUUUUUGUAUGGCAACAAUUAUGAGGGCCAGAGAACAGCUGAACACCAAGAGGGGGUCGUCUUCGUUAUGAAUGAUUUCCCACUGAGCUUUGGCGUCACACUACGGUCAACAGUGGAUACCCGACAAAUGCUCCAGAGAGGAACAGCGGUCUAA